AGAAGGCGGCUUCUCAUUGGCUGAAGUCCGUCACGAGGUGUUUGGGUGCAGUAACGGAAAGAUGGCAGCAGACACAGGCAGAUACAGGACCGCUGUCUCCAAAAGCAAAGACCCUUCCGGUUUACUUAUAUCUGUGAUAAGGACAUUGUCCAGCAGUGAGGAUGUGCAGGACCGAGAGACGGAGAAGGGCCGUCUGGAGGAGGCCUAUGAGAAGUGUGAUCGUGAUCUGGAUGAGUUGAUAGUUCAGCACUACACAGAGCUCACCACAGCCAUCCGAACCUACCAGAGCAUCACAGAGAGAAUUACCAGCUCUCGCAACACGAUCAAACAGGUCAAGGAGAACCUGUUGUCCUGUAAGAUGCUCCUUCACUGUAAGCGAGAUGAACUGAGGAAGCUGUGGAUUGAAGGUGUCGAGCAUAAGCAUGUCCUCAGCUUGCUGGAUGAGAUUGAGAACAUCAAACAGGUCCCUCAGAAGUUGGAGGCAUCCAUGGCCAGCAAGCACUACCUGCACGCCACAGAUAUGCUGGUCUCAGCAGUGGAUUCUCUUGAAGGACCCCUGCUCCAGGUGGAGGGUCUUGGCGACUUGCGACUAGAGCUCCACAGCAAGAAACUCAACAUCCACCUGGUGCUAAUCGAUGAGCUCCACCGACAUCUCUACAUCAAGUCUACCAGCCGCGUGGGUCACCGAGGAAAAGACAAGGACAAGGGCCGGUCUGGUUCAAAGGAUACAUCUGUUUUGGAUGUCGGUUUGUCCACUCCACGCAAGCUCACAGAACCCUCCCAGUUCAGCACCCCUGGAACAUCCAGCAUUCGUGAGCUGCAAGAGGUGAAAGAAGACUUGGAUGUAGACCCAGAGGAGAACAGUGCACAGUUCAUGGGGAUCCUGAUCAAAGCUCUGGCCAAACUCAAGAAGAUCCCGGAAACCAUUAAAGCCAUCAUGGAGCGCCUGGAGCCUGAGCUCAAGCAGAUCCUCAAGAGAUCCACCAUUCAGAUCGCUGACCACGCCUACCAGAGAGGAGAGAACCUGGCACAGGACAACCAGCCCAGGUUGUUGCUGGAACUGCUCGAGCUGUUGUUUGAUAAGUUGAAUGCCGUGGCCCAGGCUCACAGUGUGGUUCUCAGUCACCUACAGCAGAUUGUCGUCUCUCGCAAUGGAGCCCAAGAAGGGAUCAAACUCUAUGAACAGGCUGAUGUUUAUGCCAAGAUCCAGACCGUCCUACAGGUGCUGCUAAUGGACUACCUGGAUGUCAAAAACGCCCGUAGCGCUGCAGAGCCUUCCGCCCAGCUGUCCUACGCCAGCACCGGCGGAGACUUCGGAGCAUUCUUCGCCAAGAAGAAACCUGUCCGACCUAAACAGUCUUUAUUCAAGUUUGAGUCAUCUUCUCAUGCCAUUAGCAUGAGUGCGUACUUGCGAGAGCAGCGGAGGGAACUCUACAGCAAAAGCGGGGAGCUGCAAGGCGGAGCUGAUGAUAACCUGAUUGAGGGAGGAGAGACUAAGUUCCUGUGUAAACCAGGAGCCAGAAACAUUACGGUCAUCUUUCAGCCAUUACUUAGGUUCAUUCAGGAGAUCGAGUCCCGUAUGGGUCCAGCUCAGGCCAAGCAGUGUCAGCUAUGCACCUUCCUCACCUACUACAUCAAUGACCUGUUCCUCAGCCAGGUCCGCACCGAGACCAAUAAAGAGAUUGAGGCUGUGACCAAAGUGUCCGACCCACUCAAAAUCCUGGCCAGCGCUGACACCAUGAAAAACCUGGGCGUUCAAAGACCUCUUCUACAGAGCACUGUGGUUGUGGAGAAGUCCAUUCAGGAUCUAAUGAGUCUAAUGCAUGACCUCAGUGCAUACUCCAACCAGUUCCUGGAGAUGGUCUGUGACAAGCUCAAGGAGUACAAAGAGAUCUGCAAUUCCGCAUACAGGGGUAUCGUGCAGUGCGAGGAGAAGCUGACCAUCAGUGCGUCCUGGGCUAAAGAUGAAGACAUCAGCCGCCUGCUGCAGUCUCUGCCCAACUGGGCCAGCAUGACCCAACCCAGACAGCUCCGACAGAAGAGGGAAGAGGAAGAGGACUUCACACGGGUGGCAUUUGCCAAGGAGUCGGAGGUUUUGACGGGAAAUCUGGGUGAUAAGCUGAUUCCUCAGAAUGAGAUUCUGAGGGACGUCAGUGAUCUGAAGGCUCUCGCUAACCUGCAGGAGAGCAUGGAGUGGCUUGCCACUCGCCUCAGGGGCUUCUUCAGCAACCUGCCCCAGAGCUCCAGUGUAUCCCCAGGCUCAGAUGCUCAGGUGAACAGUGAGAACGUCCGCAAUCGAGAGCAGAUCCUUCAGACAUUGACUGACCUCUCCAGAUCCUUCCAGGACAUCGCUGACCGCUGCCUUCUGGUGCUUCAUCUGGAGAUCAGGGUCCACUGUUUCCAUUAUCUGAUCCCUCUGGCAAAGCAAGGCAACUACGCCAUCGUGGCUAAUGCAGCCAGCAUGGACUACGACCCUCUGGUGGUGAAGCUGAAUAAGGACAUCAGUGCCAUAGAGGAAGUGAUGGGAGCCGCCCUGCAGCAGCACAAGUUUCAGUAUAUCUUUGAGGGUCUGGGUCACCUGAUCUCCUGUAUUCUGAUAAACGGAGCUCAGUACUUCAAGCGCAUCAGUGAGUCCGGCAUCAAGAAGAUGUGCAGAAAUAUCUUUGUGCUCCAGCAGAACCUGACGAACAUCACCAUGUCACGCGAGGCUGAUCUGGAUUUCGCCAGGCAGUACUAUGAGAUGCUGUAUAAUACAGCCGACGAGCUGCUAAACCUGGUGGUUGAUCAAGGGGUGCGUUACACAGAGCUGGAGUACAUCAAUGCUUUGAGUCUCCUCCACCGCAGCCAGACAGGCGUGGGAGACCUGACCGUGCAGAACAUGCGGCUGCAGCGCCUCAAAGAGAUCAUAUGCGAACAGGCUGCCAUUAAACAGGCUACCAAGGAUAAGAAGAUCACUACAGUCUAGACACGCACAUUUAAACUAUAUCUACUAACGCUCUGAAAGGGUUACUGCCAAUCGUUACUGUCACAAGCUUUGAGACAAGCCACACUUUCAAGCAAACAUUAAAGUGGUUUCGUUUCAUUUCCUUUCCUUGAUUUCCAAUACUUGUAAGAUACAUUUCCGACCAGGGCUUUGCACACACAGACAUGUUCUAAUAAAUGAAUCCCUUGUAUCUUUUCUGGUUAAACCAGGCCGCACCUUUCAGAGCGAGAGGACGGAUUCUCUCAUUGUGGCUUGGGGACAUUUUCGUCUCAUUUUCUUACUUUAUCAAACCUCUGCUCUCAAUUAUAAAAUCUUCCUGCACGCCGUCUCUCCCUGGCCGGCCCGGAGCCUGUGCCUGGAAUAACAGAUGCCAGAUUAGAACGGCAGGCUUUUUUAUCAGGGAAAAAAAGAAACGGCUUGCCUGCUGCUUGUUGAUUUGUUCUUUUUGCUUAAGAGGAAAUAGGAAUCGCUAAAUCCAUUCACUUUAAACUUCUCCCUACUUGUUGCAGGUGUAAUUGUUAUGACAGUCAUUGAUUGUGAUGUCAUAAUGAUGGCAUUAUGACAUCACUAUUAUCGCUGGUUGUUCAAACAGGUACAGAAAUUCGUUUCUAAGCCCUGAUGUUGAUAUAUUCCAAUAUCUGCCCCUUGACUGUGUCUGCUUUCAUUUAAAUCUGAACCUCUUAUUCCUUGUUCAAACAGACACAAAACCAGAUCGCUCAUGCUCUGUUCCAGGCUAUUUUUAGUUCAUUAAUUAUGACAAAUAGAGCAAGAGAGAAAGCCAUCGAUACAGAACACCGGCGUUAAGCAGGAAGCCACCCGAGCAAUCCAUCAAAAUGACUCAACACCUCGAAUCAAUAAUUGCCACCAGGUUGCAACAGAGAAAGACACAGCGACGAUCUUUCAUAUUCGUAGCACAUUAGAAUUGUGUGUGAAUGUUGACGAUGUGUUGGAGCAGUGAUCAGACAUUCAAAAUCUCAUGUCUUAGUUAUAAUGUAUCUACAGUAGUAAGAGGAGCUCACUAAACAGAUUCAGAAUAGAUCAUAUGUAUGUGGAUUUGUGUGUUUAAGCCAUUAUCAGGGUCCUCAAUGUUAUUUAAAUGAAGUGACAGGCUCAAGCACUCCUGGUAGCAUUAAACCAUGCAAUUAUUAUUCAAUUAGACAUUACUGUAACAAAAUCUGAUGUUGUUUUCGCAAAGUGUGUCAGAGCAACACUAUUGUAUGCCUUUUUUGUGUGUGUAUUUCUAGUAUGUAUUUUGUGUUUAGCUAUUAAUAACAUUUGAGAUGUUCAUGUACAUGCUUGUAAAUUUCAGUCGAUUGCUUACAAGUCCUGAGGAGCCUCUGAACAUACUGGACUGGAAGUGAAUUUUGCCAACGGUAAUGUCAGAAUGAAAAUAAAUGAAUAUAACAGAAA